UAAAACAUCAUACACACGAGUCGUAAACAUUAUUUUUACUAAUAAAUAAUUUUAAAUUUUGCGUUAUGAGCGAUCACAACGAGGGAAAUCGGGCUAAGGGACCUGGACGAGAUGUAUCUUCCCAGAAAGAGCCUACAAAGGAACCUCCCAGUGACCCCAAAAAUUUUAAACGACCUUCAGCUGAAGAUGGAGCAGGUCGCCAGCCGCCACCAAGUCGUUACAUUCAAACCACUGAGGACGAUAAGGAUACCACGUUUGAGAAGUGCGCCGUUGCCAUCUGCUGGAUCCUUGUGGCGAUAACAUUUCCCUUCUCCUUGUGUUGUUGUCUUCUUGUGGUUCCCGAGUUUGCUCGUGUAAUUGUCCUUCGUCUGGGUCGACUAAGGAGGGGUCUUCGAGGACCUGGUUUGGUCUUUUAUUUGCCGUGCAUCGAUGACAUCACCAGGGUGGAUCUUCGCACCGACGUCACCAACGUACGUCCCCAGGAUGUGCUCACAAAGGACUCGGUGACCAUUACCGUGAACGCAGUCGUGUAUUUUUGCAUCUUCAGCCCCAUCGACUCGAUCAUCCAGGUGGACGAUGCGCGGCAGGCCACAAACCUGAUUGCCCAGGUCACCCUGCGCAAUAUCGUGGGCUCCAAGUCGCUCCAUGUCCUGCUCACCUCCAGGCAGCAAUUGUCCCGCGAAAUCCAGCAGGCGGUGGCCGGAAUAACAGCUCGGUGGGGAGUGCGGGUGGAACGGGUAGACGUAAUGGACAUCAUAUUGCCGUCCAGCCUGGAGCGAUCCUUGGCCAGCGAGGCUGAGGCUGUGAGGGAAGCACGGGCCAAGAUUAUUUUGGCCGAAGGCGAGCUCAAGGCCUCAAAGGCACUAAAAGAGGCCUCCGAUGUGAUGUCAGAAAAUAGAAUCACACUACAGCUGAGACACUUGCAAGUCCUUUCAUCGAUCGCCUCGGAGCGACGAGUCAGGAUCAUUUACCCCAUUCCGCUGGAGAUAAUGGAGCCCUUUAUGACUGGCAAGGAUACCCAACAGGACGAUGGUGGAGGUAGUGGCCCUGGUGGUAGCAAGGACGCUCGAAAGGAAGGUGGUGGUCCUGCUGGUGGGGGAAUCCUGUCAAAUUUCUUUUUCGAUAGUAAGGAUGAAGAUCACAAGCCGAAUGGCACAGAUGAACCCGGAUCGUCAAAACCUCUAAGGACUGAUCCAACUGAUGAUUUAUUAGUAAAUCAAAACACAGAUGGAAAUCUGAAAGAAAAGACAGAAGAAAACAACCAGAGGCCUACGUAUGUCGCCUUUGACAUGGAAACAAGUAACAGGAAUUUUACAAAAUUUUCCUCGAACGAUGACAGUGCCAAGACGAACCAGAAACGAAAGACACCGCAGCAACCAGGCGGGUCUAACACGAGGCCUGGCGUUUAUGGACCUGCUUUCUUAUCGGGACUUCCUGCGAACUCGUUGGUAAUCAGCCGGCGGACUGGCAAACUCCUGGCAGCAGGACAAUGGAAAGGCCAAGCGUGAAAUGAGCAACAGUCACGUCACCCAACAGGGCCACAAACUUGAUUGAAGGGCAUUAUCCUGGCUCCUCAUCCAUUGGAGCGACAUUGACACUGCCAUUGAAUGGCCUCCAAGCGGUUUUUGUGACACCAUAAAAAAUAGCUGAAUUCUUGGUAUUUUUCACUCGCCGUGACAAUUUAUCUCCUUUAAUAAAUUGGAAGGUUUUCGAGUCGAUA